CCCCAUUAAUUCGCGCCCAGCGGCCUCUACUGGGCCCUGCCCCUGGGCUCAAGCGCUCUGGGCCACCCUCGCCCGCGAGGGGGGGGGGGGUCGCCCCUCUCCGCGCCCCAGCGCCCGCGGAGCGCAUGGGCGACGGCGGCGCGGGAGAUGCCACGCAGGGCGCGGGCGCGGGCAGCCGCACGCCCGUCACCGUGAUCACCGGCUUCCUGGGCAGCGGCAAGACCACGCUGCUGCGCCACGUGCUCACGGUGAACCACGGGCGGCGCAUCGCCGUGAUCCAGAACGAGCUGGCGGAGGAGACGGGCAUCGAGGCUCCGAGCGUGACGGGCGCGGACGGUCAGCAGUUCGAGGAAUGGGUUGAGCUCGCGAACGGCUGCGUCUGCUGCAGCGUCAAGGACGACCUGGUUGUCGCCCUCGAGCGGCUCAUCGAGGCGCGAGGUCGCUUCGAUUACAUCCUGGUGGAGACCACUGGCAUGGCUGAUCCGGGGCCUGUGGCAUCGGUAUUCUGGGUGGACGACGAGCUGGAGAGCCCACUUUACCUGGACGGCAUCGUGACCCUGGUGGACGCCCAGAACUUCACAAAGCACCUCCACCAGGUUGAAGCUUGCCGGCAGGUGGCCUCGGCGGACCGCGUGCUGCUCAACAAGACGGACCUGGUGAGCGGAGCGGAGGCGCAGCACGUGGAGGCCCACCUCAGGAGGCUUAACGACUCCGCCCCCAUCAUCCGGACCGCCCAUUCUGCCGCGGCGCUGGAGGAGCUCCUGGACAUCCACGCCUUCGAGCACACGAUGCAGGCGCAGCCGUGCGACCCUUCCGCCUCGAGCUUCAGCUGCGGCGAGUGCGGCAUCGGUUUCGGCCUGUCUGGGCCCUGCCAGCACCUGCACGACGCGCCGGACAUAGGCAGCGUGACGAUCACGAUGCCCAGCGAGGUGGACGAACGCGCUCUGACGCGCUUCCUGGGGGAGCUGCUCUGGGAGCGCGGGGAGGCGGACGUGUACCGCGCGAAGGGCAUGGUGGCGGUCGCGGGCGAAGACUGCCGCUACAUGCUGCAGGCGGUGCACUCCACGUUCGAGCUCACGCCGAGCAAGCCCUGGGCGCCCGGCGAGGAGCGCACCGGCAAGCUGGUGUUCAUCGGCCGCGGGCUGUCGAAGCGCGACCUGGAGCCCCCGCUGAUGGCUUGCCUCGCGGGCGCAUCCGACGCGAUGGAGGAGUAGGGCCCGCCCCGACGCCGCCGAUCCUCCUCUUCCUCAUUCCGCUCUCUCCUCUAUCGUGUGCCUCCUUCUCCCCCUCCGUUCCUCUUCUCCUCCCCGUUCGUAGCGGUCGUGUUCGUCCCGCAGGUCUUCCACCUGUGAGCUCUUUCCCCAUAGGUACGCGGCAUGCGUCUGCUCGAUGUAACGGUGAGUUUUCGAUAUGGCGGCCGCGCCGAGGGGCGAGAGAAAAGUUUGCGGAGCGAUCGAUGCAGUCCCCAGCUAUCAGAAGACAUGCUU